AUGCGAUCUGUCCUUCCUUUCCUCCUCAGCCUGGGAUGGCUCGCUACUGCGGCCGUCAUUCCCUCCUAUGAUAAGCACACGGCCGAGCUGGAUGCUCGCGAUGCAACUGGAUAUCGCUCCGUUGCCUAUUUUGUCAACUGGGCGAUCUAUGGACGCAAUUUUAACCCUCAAGACCUCCCGGCCGAGAGACUAACACAUGUAUUGUACGCAUUUGCCAAUGUGCACCCGGACACCGGAGAGGUGUACUUGUCAGAUUCCUAUGCCGACAUUGAGAAACAUUAUACGGGAGAUUCCUGGAGCGACACUGGAACCAACGUUUACGGAUGCAUCAAGCAGCUUUUCUUACUCAAACAAAGGAACCGAAAACUGAAGGUUCUUCUGUCGAUUGGUGGGUGGACUUACUCCAGCAACUUUGCCAGCCCUCUGAGCACUGCCGCUGGCCAAGCGACCUUCGCUUCAUCUGCAACAACCCUGGUGAAAAACCUAGGUUUCGAUGGUGUUGAUAUUGAUUGGGAGUACCCUACCAACAGUGCUCAGGCUGACAACUUUGUUUCUACGCUCCAACAAUUACGCUCGUCGCUGGACUCGUACAGUGCAGCUAAUGCGAAUAAUUACCAUUUCUUGAUCACUGUUGCCUGUCCUGCGGGCCCAUCAAACUAUCAGGCGCUCCAUCUAUCACAAAUGGACCAGUACUUGGACUUCUGGAAUCUCAUGGCAUAUGAUUAUUCAGGAAGCUGGGACACCAUCGCUGGCCACGAUGCUAAUAUCUACGCGUCAACCAGCAACCCGGCUAGCACACCCUUCAACACAGACCAGGCCAUCAGCUACUAUACUUCUAACGGCGUACCAGCAAACAAGAUUGUCCUGGGUAUGCCGCUCUAUGGUCGCUCGUUCAUGAACACGGAUGGACCUGGCACGAGCUACAAUGGGGUUGGCGGCGGCAGCUGGGAGAACGGCGUGUGGGACUACAAGGCACUACCCAUGACUGGCGCAUCUGUGAACUACCUGAGCCAGCCUGUUGCAAGCUACAGCUAUGAUUCCUCGCAGCGGAUGAUGGUUAGCUAUGACACACCCCAGGUUGCGCAGCUGAAGGCGCAGUACAUUCAGUCCAAGGGUCUCGGUGGUGGCAUGUGGUGGGAGAGUAGCAGCGACAAGAAUGGCUCGGAUAGCUUGAUCACUACGGUUGUCACCGCGUUUGGCGGCACCGGUGCUCUGGACCAAAGCCAGAACGAACUGAGCUACCCCGCGUCCGCGUAUGAUAACCUGAAGGCUGGGUUUCCAGCCACAUAG